AUGGAGACUUCCAACUUGUCCAUGCUCCCUCUCGAUAUCAUCAGAUCUCUGCUCGAACGUUUGAGCUUUAUUGAUCUCCAACGCGCUAAGACGGUUUGUUCGAACUGGUUGUCUGGUUCGAAAGAAACAGUCCCAUGCAAAACCGGAUCUCCCUGGCUCAUACUUUCCACAGACAACGGAGGUUCCGUGCUGUACAAUCCAGACGAAGACAAGGUUUACAAAUCCUUGAGAGAUUAUUCAGGGACUUGUUUCUUUGCAAACUCGGGUAAGUGGUUUCUCUUGCUUGACUCUCAAACCAAUCUAUAUAUCGUAGACGUUUUUAGCGACAAAAGGAUUGAUCUUCCGCCUCUAGAGAAUCUCUUAUCAACUACUUACACCAUCGAACGUGUUGGAGAUAAAGAAUUUAAAAGGAAACAUAUUGAUGGUGUCUCCUCUCUAACUCUGAGAGCGGAUGUUCUUAGAGGUCUUUUGUGGGUUGACGAGAAGAAGGAAGAUUACAUUGUAGUCUACUUCUUCGACACCCCUGCCGCUUAUUUAAGCUUUUGCAAGAAAGGAGAUGAUUACUACACUGACAUUCCACUGCGUUCGGGAGUUCCCAAGCUGCUCAUUGGAUUAACUGAUGUGGUACUCAGGGAUUACUGUCUCUACAUCUUCUCGUACCGUUGUUACGUUCGAGUCCUAGAUUUGUCUGGACAGAAAGGUUUUGUGGAUGUUAGUGAGAGUGUUCCAUACCAUAUGCGUUCUCCUCGUACUCCAUAUUUUUCUAAUACCAGCAUUGCGGUGACAAGAGCAGGAGAGGUUUUGUUGGUAGAGAGCAUCACCACUGGAAGCCAUGUGAGUUUCUAUGUCUACAAGAAGGAUCCUAAUGUAGUCCCACUCUCUGACCCUCACCGCCUUGUUGAGGUACAUUCUCUUGGUGAUGAGGCCUUGCUUCUUGACUUGGGUAUCACUGUUCCUGCUAACCAUGAUAGUCUUGGUGUCAUCAAACCAAAUUCUAUCUAUUUCACACGUCACGACCGUGCCCGUCUCCGGAAGUCCUAUAACCUAGACAUCUCUGUAUUCGAUUUUGCGUCCAAGACCAUCAAACAUUUCCCUGGUCUUUCCAACUUGAAUCUCAAGGACGCUCGAUGGUUUCUCCCUGUGACUUGCCAAACCUAA